UGAAACAAAUUUCAGUUCCCAACGUCACAACUGGGUCUACUGGGGAUAUCAAACAUGCUGCUACUAAGCAAUAUCUGUCUCACCUUGUUGAUUUCCUGGGUCAGUGGACAAGAGCAGUCCUGUUAUCCUCCCAAUAUUCCCAAUGGUGUCUUCUCACCUGUGAGGAUUAAACACAGAAUUGGAGACAAUAUCAUGUAUAAGUGUAAAAACAGAUUUCACCCUGCAACUCGUGUAAAUAUAGCAACAUGCACAAGAAGUGGCUGGUCACCUCCUCCAAGAUGCACCUGGAAACCUUGUGAUUUUCCACAAAUAAAACAUGGACAACUACAUGAUGAGAGCAGAUAUAGACCAUACUUUCCAGUAGCUAUUGGAAAACGUUUCUACUAUCACUGUCACCAUAAUUUUGUGACUCCUUCAUGACAUCAAUGGGAGUACAUUUACUGCACACAAGAAGGAUGGUUACCAGCAAAACCAUGCCGCAGACAAUGUACUUCUAAUUAUUUGGAAAAUGGACAAUAUCCACAUUAUGCAAGAACAUGUGUAGAGGGUGAAUCUGUACCAGUCAGUUGCAAUUCUGGCUACAGUCUUCCCAAUAGGCAGACCAAAAUUACGUGUACAGAGAAUGGCUGGCUCCCUCCUCCCAAAUGCAUCCGUGUCCGUUAUAUAUCCCUUAAAUAAACAAACACAAUAUAAGUGUAAACCAGGAUAUGUAACAGCAGUUGGUAAAACAUCAGGAUUAAUCACAUGUCUGCAAUAUGGAUGGUCAGAACAACCCACAUGCAUUAAAUCUUGUGAUAAGCCAGCAUUUACAAAUGCCAGAGCCAAAAUUAACAGAACAUGGUUUAAGCUCAAUGAUGUCUUGGAUUAUGAAUGUGAUGAAAGAUAUGAAAACAAAUACAAAGCUACCACAGGCUCCAUAGUAUGUGAAUACCAUGGUUGGUCUGAUACACCAACCUGUUAUGAAAAAGAAUGCCGGCUUCCUACAAUAGAUGCACACUUAGUUCCUAAUCCCAAGCUAGACAGUUAUAAAAUUGGAGAUGUGGUGAGAUUCUCCUGCAAACCAGGAUUUACAAGAGUUGGACCAGAUUCAGUUCAGUGCUACCACUUUGAAUGGUCACCUAACAUCCCAACGUGUAAAGAGCAAGCACUAUUCUGUGGUCCACCCCCUCAACUCAACAAUGGAGAAUUUAAGGGAAUAAAGAAAACAGAGUAUGUACACAGUGAAGUGGUGGAAUAUGAUUGCAAUCCUAAUUUUCUGAUGAAGGGGAUUAGUAAAAUUCAAUGUGUUGAUGGAAAGUGGACAACCUUGCCAAUAUGUGUUGAGGAUGAGAGUACAUGUGGAGAUAUACCUGAACUUGACAAUGGUUAUGUCCAGUCUUCUUCCCCUCUCUAUUACCAUGGAUAUUCAGUGGAAUUCAAUUGCACAGAAACAUUUACAAUGGUUGGACACAGAUCAGUUACAUGUAGGAAUGGAUCGUGGACCCAACUUCCUCAGUGUGUUGCAACAGAUCAACUUAAGAAGUGUAAAAGGCCAAAAACAAUUAUAAUUGAGGGUAAUAUACAGCAGAAGAACGAAUUUAAGCAUAAUGAAAGCAUAAGGUACAGAUGUGGAGAACAAUACAGACACUCAGUCUGCAUAAAUGGAAGAUGGGAGCCUGUCCCGAGAUGCACAAAUGUACAAAUACAGUUAUGCCCACCUCCACCUCAAAUUCCCAACGCUUAGAAUAUGACAACCACAGUGAAUUAUCAAGAUGGAGAAAAAGUAUCUGUUGUCUGCCAAGAAAAUUAUCUAAUUCAGGGGAAAGAAGAAAUUUUAUGCAAAAAUGGAAAAUGGAAAAAUGUGCCACGAUGUGCUGAAAAAAUUCCAUGUUCUCAACCACCUCACAUAGAGCAUGGAACUAUUUAUUCAUCUGCAUCUUCAAAUGAAAUGGAAGAUACAAUUGAACCCAAGGUUUAUACACACGGUAAAAAAUUAAGUUAUAUUUGUGAAGAUGGUUUCAGAAUAUCUGAAGACAAUGAGAUAACAUGCUACUUGGGAAAAUGGAGUUCUCCACCUCAAUGUGUAGGACUUCCUUGUGCACCACCACCUUCAAUUAAUUAUGGUGUUGUAUCUCCUAAGUUAGACAGUUAUCAAUAUGGUGAAGAAUUUACAUACAAAUGUUCUGAAGGUUUUGGAAUUGAUGGCCAUGAAUUUACAAGAUGCUUAGGAGGAAAAUGGUCUCAACAGCCAAAAUGCAUAAAGACUGAUUGUUCUGGUGUUCCCAGAUUUGAUAACGCUGUACUUAUAGGGCAUGAGAAGGAUUCAUAUAGGUCGGGAGAACAAUUGACUUAUGAAUGUGUAGCAGAUUAUCAAUUAGAUGGACACAACACUGUAACAUGUAUUAGGAGAACAUGGAUGGGAAAUAUAACAUGCAGAGAUAUUUCCUGUGUGAAUCCACCCACAGUGGAAAAUGCUAAGAUAACAACAAGACAGAAGAGUAGGUAUCCAAAUGGUGAGAGAGUGCAUUAUGAAUG